ACAAGCCACAGUGUGGCAGUUUUUUCAAUUUUCUUAAAACUUUUUAAAUUUUAGGCGUAUAAAAACAUUGAUAAUAUAGUUUCACAGUUGAAAAACAUUCUCUGCAGGCGGGGAUGUAUAUUCCCGGAACAUAAGCUCUCUUACCAGACCGUUCGCUGCAAGCCAGAUUAACGUGUGUCGUCUACUUCCUCUUCCGCCUCCGAUUUGUCUGUAUUCACAUUUUUAUUUUUAUUAAAUCUGGAUUCCGGGACGCAUCCGGCACUGCUACGCGGUGGCACCUUUUAGUGUGCUUUAGUUUCCUUUUCCGUUUUUUUCUUUUUUUCUUUUUUUGCGUUGGAAUUUCAACUUCCGCCAAAAUUGACGAGGAAACGCUGGAUUAUUCUAUCGUCUUCGAAGCGAUGGCUGACAGACUAACCCAGCUUCAGGACACGGUUAACCAGCAAGCGGAACACUUUUGUAACAGCAUAGGUAUACUGCAGCAGUGUUCUGUUCCGAGCAAAUUUCCUGGAUUCGAGCGCACAGGUUCCCAAACACCCCAGCAAAACCAGCAGGAAGACUAUGCCCAAUUAUUUUCAACACUUAUUUCGCGAUGUGCCAAGGAUAUUGAUACACUUAUAGAAUCUCUGCCGAGCGAAGAAAGUUCUAUUGAGUUGCAGGUGCAAGCUCUCAAGCGGCUCGAAAUCGAGAAUCAGGAAUCGGCUGAAAAGUUGGAAGAAGUCGUACGUAAAGGAGAACUGCUGCUUGAAAAAAUCCAGGCCGCGCUCAGUGACAUUGCUCAGUCCCAACUGGACAUGCAGUAUUCGUCGUCGCCCAAGAAGCAAUAGGAUUGCCGGGACUAAAUGCAGAGCACGGAAGUGACCCAAAAGUCAAAGAAGAACAUGUAAGCUAGGAAUAGUAACUUCAAUGGUUUAAGACACUUAAUAACUAAUGGCAAGAAUUUAAGAAUACAUAGUAAUAAUGCGUAUGCGUACAUAAGAAA